AUGUCAGAACGUUCCGUCGAUAUUGAGAAAAAGGUUGCUACCAGCGACAGCUGCUCUGUGACUACUUCAAAUGUCAACGUAGAGGACGCAGAUGUUGCUUUAAGAUUUUUGAAGCAGAACGGUCUCGAUGAAGGCUCUACAGUAGUCGAGGAUGAUACCGUGGCGGGCGAAGAGGCCAACUUUUAUGGUGCUCAUGAACUGAAACCGGAGGUGCUGAGGAAGGUGGAUCUUUACAUUUUGCCCUUUUUAUGCUGUACGUACCUUUUGAUGUUCUUGGAUAAGGCUCUACUUAACUACGCUGCAUCCAUGGGAAUCAAGGACCAUUUGAAAGGUGACGAAUUUUCUAAUUUGGGUACCAUCUUUUCUGCCGCUUAUAUUUUCAUGGAACCUGUGGUAACGUACUUGAUCCAGAGAUUUCCUAUCUCUAAAAUCCUGGGUUCGUUUAUUACCAUCUGGGGGAUCGUGUUAGCCUGCCAUUGUGCCUGUAAGUCGUACGCCUCACUGAUGAUUGUCCGUACUCUUCUAGGUCUCUUUGAAUCCUCAAGUGCUGUUGGUUGUAUCGCUAUUAGCGGUAUGUACUAUACUAAGUCUGAGCAGAGUGCAAGAAUCGGAUUCUGGGCUACACAGGCUGGUACUGGUUACAUUGUGGGUGGGCUGAUUUCUUUUGGCUUUUUACAUUACCACGGUACUUCUUUCACUUCUUGGCAAAUUAUGUUUUUGGUUGUUGGUUUGGUCACCGUUGCAUUUGGUAUUCUGACGUUCAUAUACUUGCCUGAUAACGUCACUAAUGCUUGGUUCUUGAACAAAGAAGAAAAAAUCCAAGUGGUGGAGCAUAUCAGAGCUAACCAAACAGGUUUGGAAACAAAGAAAUUCAAAAAGCAACAGGUCAAAGAAUUAUUCCUUCACGAUAAGUUCACCUGGCCAAUGUUAUUACUAACCGCGUGCUCUCAAAUUUCUACAGGUGCUAUCGGUAAUUUCUCGGUGACUAUCACCGGUACUUUUGGGUUCGACCACUAUGAAACAGCAUUACUACAAUUGCCUAUUGGUGCCAUUACGGCUAUGAUCAUUCUUAUCACAACCCAAAUGUUGUCCCGCUGGGGCCGCAUCACUCUCAUAACCACUUCUAUGUACAUUCCAGCCAUCAUAGGUUGUAUUGUUCUCAUCAGUUUACCAUUGUCUCAUAAGAUCGGUAACUUGUUCGCGUUGUACUUGCUUUACAGUGGUUCAUGUGUCAUUACCAAUAUUUACAUCUGGAAUUCAUGCAAUACCUCCGGUUAUACAAAGAGGGUGUUUAGAAAUGCUAUCACCAUGAUUGUAUACAACAUUUCUUGCAUUGUCGCUCCACAGAUGUUUAGAGCAUAUUCUGCUCCACGUUACAUCCCAGCAAAGAUUGCCUUAUUGGUCACUCAAUGCGUUUGUGUUCCUUUACAAUUAUACAUUGGUUACAUUUGCAAGAAGGAGAACGAAAAACGUGACAAGGAACAAGAAGGUCAAGAAAAAAAGAGGUACCAGUUUUUGGAUUUGACUGAUAUUGAAAACAGAAACUUCAGGUACAUUUACUAA